UCGGCAUUUUACAUUAACGUUUAUUCAUUAAUAACAUUUUUCAACCAUGGUAAAAUUAACUGCUGAAUAUGUUGAAAAAAAAUGUUCUCAAAUUCAAUUAAACAAAUCGCUCAGUAAGAAGAUAAAAAAGGAUGAGCUGUAUGGCUUAACACAUUUGCGUAUGAAUGACAUGUUUAUCAGCAGUAUUGGUAAUUUUACAGCUUUCAGAAAUCUUAAAGUAAUAUAUUUGCAAAAUAACAAUAUAUUGAAGAUAGAAAAUUUGAAUUUUGCAUCAAAUUUGACGCACCUUUAUUUGCAACACAAUCUAAUAAGUAAAAUAGAAAAUUUAGAUUACCUGGAAAAAUUGCAGACUCUUUAUUUAGGAUAUAACAAUAUAGUGGUGGUUGAAGGUCUUGAACGUUUAAAAAACUUAUCCGUUUUGCAAAUAGAAAAUCAAAGACUAUCUACUACAGAAUCGUUGUGUUUUGAUCCACGAAGUAUACGUACUUUAUCCGCUUGUUUAAAAGCACUAAACAUUUCAAACAAUAAAAUCACAUCCCUAAAAAAUAUUAAGGAAUUGCAUGAAUUAGAAGUUCUAGAAGCUAAAAGCAAUGUGAUUAAUGAUAUUGAUGAUUUAACAGAAUGUAUAAGUGCCUUAGGUUCUUUAACAAAUUUAUCCUUGCAAGGCAAUCCUGUAACUCAGUAUCAUAGAUAUAAAGAAAACCUUAUUGCCAAUAAUGAUACAAUAACAACCUUGGAUGGAAGGCUAGUGACAGACAUAUGUAGAUGUUUUAUGAAAAGAUUUAAAGUAAAGAAACAUCUUCACCACACUCAAAAAUCUUCAACAACUAGACUGGAUGAAGAUAUUACAAGCUCAUUAAAUUUACCGCCUGCAUUAAAAAAAUCAAUAUCCAGAGCACUGUUUCAGUAUCCUCAUCCAAAGUCAUUUAUUACAAUUUCUUCUGCUAUUGGUGAAAUGCAAUCAUACACUUUUCCACCAUGGAAAUCAGCGUCAGGCACAAAUGCUAAAAGAAAUGGUCAUAUCACUCCAAGACCAUUUUGGAACAAAACGGCUAAAGUCAAACAACCUCGUGUUAUACAACCUUUGAUAAAUAGUAAAACUAUCGAACUGCCACUAAUUUGAAACAUCACCGUGAUAUUAUACAUAUAUACAUGUAAGAAAACAGCUUUUUCAAUUAGAUACAUUCUUUUUGUUUAUUAAUACUCUUUUUUUAGAAAAUUAUUUAUAAUUUAAUGUAUACUUCUUUCAUAUUUAAUUUUUUUUUUUUUUUUUAGAAUAUAUGUGUUUUAUGAAAUAACUUCUACGUAAGUCAUGUACUAUUGCCUGCAUGCUGGAAAGUCGUGUAUGUAAUAAAAAUAAAAUCUAUGAUCAAAAAAAA